CAUCACUAUAUUAACAUCAAUAAAAUAAUCGUAGAAUAGAAUCGUUCACUCUUCAGUGCAUCGCCGAACGCCGCGACGACGGGUUGUGCGCGCUAAUAUACUUAAUAAUAUUUAACGCACGAUAUAAUAAAACAGUAAUUUCGAGUUUAUAAAAGUGUUUAUUUGAAUUUUUCAAAAUGGCGGAAGGCGACGUGCCUUUGGUUACAAGUUUUGGCGGCAGUGAAAUUGAAUUUGGAACGAACGGAUCGAAAAUGUCGAAGGCUAAUUCGAGGAUGUCCACCCUGCUGUUCUGGCAGGGCAAGGGGAAGGCGAAUGGAGCUCCAAAUGGCAGAAACUGGAUACACGCACCUGAUGCCCUUGUGAAGGGACAUGUAGCGUACCUUGUUAAGUUCCUCGGCUGUACGCAAGUAGACCAGCCCAAAGGUAUCGAGGUUGUGAAGGACGCUAUAAAGAAACUGCAGUUCACACAGCAGCUGAAGAAAUCUGAAGCCAAAGAUGGCGCCAAGUGCAAGAAGGUUGAGAUCACCAUCUCUGUCGACGGUGUCGCCAUUCAGGAGCCGCGGUCUAACAACAUCAUGUACCAAUUCCCUCUACACCGGAUAUCCUACUGCGCUGACGACAAAGGCGCGAAGAAAUACUUCUCGUUUAUUGCGAAAGGGGGCAGCACAGUCAACGGAAUGAACGGCCAUGAUGGCGCUGUCGAGAAACAUGAAUGUUUCGUAUUUAUUUCAACGAAAUUAGCUUCAGAAAUUACGUUAACCAUCGGUCAGGCGUUUGAUUUGGCCUACAGACGGUUCUUGAACGACAACGGCAAAUACAUCGAGAUGCAGAAGAUGCAGCUUCAAAAUAAAAAACUCGAGCUACAAAUGAACGCGUACAAAAGUCGUUUGCAGGAGUUAUCGAAGAUCACUUACAAGGACGAUCUCUCGUCUUACUUGGCUCGCAACAAGCUGUCCGACAUCACGGAGUUCAAACCGCCCCCGGAGUUGGAGAAGCAGAUCAGCUCGCUGACCAUGGCCAAUGGUUUCGCCAACAGCAACGGGAAUAGCAACACGGAGACAGGCACGGACGCGUUGUCGAACAACUCGACGGAUACAUUCAAUUCAAACAACGACAACAAUUUGUUGCUGUCCACGCCACCUCCACAACACAACGGGAAACACAGCUUUGGUACCAACAAACUCCUGGGUGAUCUGUCGACGAACAAGAACCCAUCUGUGGGCACCAAACUUGAGGGUUUGCUACUCAACUCGGAUUCAGACAGUGACUUCGACCCGCGUGCGUUCGAGUCGGAACCAGUGUCACGAUUCACGGCGCCGUCACAUGAGAACACGCUCACAACAACUCCACCGCUUUUGGCCCCCCCACCAAAAGCCUCGAAGCGUCACACGCCACAACAACAACAGCAACAGCAGCAGCAACAACAGCAACACCAACAACAAGCCCCAGCAAUAAACGGCAGCGACCUCUUCGGAUCCACGCCCUUCUCCAUCCCAAAUCAACAACCAGCACCCUUAGCCCAACCAUUCGCAGCCCCCAACAAACCUAACUAUGAUAUCGCGGAUUUUAAUCUACAAACGUCAGUUUUUAACACAACCUCGUUCACGAACGGACUGAGUGGCUUCGAUCCCUUUGAUACGCAGAAAUCUGCGAAUAUUUUCGGCAACGGAUUUAAUUCUACAUUCAAUGGCUUUGGGAAUCUAAGCGAGAAAGCCACAGUUGAAUUGGACAGCAAUUUCAAUGGAUUCCUAGAUAAAACUAUAUCAGAAAUGAAGGACGGAUUCAGCCGAGGGAUCUCCUUUGGAAACGAUGAUUUUUCAAUAGACAACCUCGAUCCCCUGAAGAAAAAUUAAAAAAAAAACGUGUUUCGUAAAUUUAAUAAUCGAUUAGUUAAAAAUUUAGGUAAAUGAAAACUAUUGUUUUAGCUCAUACAGCCUAAUAUAGACAAAAUGCAAUGAAAUCAUUGAUUAUUUCAAAGAUAUUUGUAUUUCAGGAAUUAUUAUUAUUAUUAUAUUAUUAAAAUGUAAUUUUAAGUGCUGAAUGAACUGAAAUGACGUUUUUUGUACACAUGUGUUGCCAUGUUAUUGGUUACAAAAUAUAUUUUGAUGCAUUCGUGAUAGUAGAGAUUAGAAAAUUGUAAUAUUCUUUCAUCAUUCAUUUUCCUAUCUAAAAAUAACUUCGAGAAAAUUCUAACCAGUAAUAUGACAAAACAUUAUAAAUAUAUAACUCGUAUUGAAUAAAAAAACAAAAGUUUAUUCCGUGAUAAACGUUUUUUUACGCGCGAAAUCGCUCAAUGUCAUUCUGAAAGUGCCUUUUUAUAAAAAUAUACAAUCUAUUGAAUAAAAUAAAUACAUAUUCAUAAUAAAAAUUAUAAUAUAUCAUUUCUCCGUUCAAUUUUUAGGACUAAAAAUGUAUUUUGGUAGAGAUUAAAUGACUAAAUAAAUAAUAAAAUAGUAAUAAAUAUGUAAGUAGGACCAAAUUUUUAUACAAAGCGGAUUUUCCAUUGAAAUUUGAAGAUGGCCUCAUUAUAUUCUGUGAUAAUUUCUUUUCAAGUUGAGGUUCUUCAAAUUAUUUCACAAGAAUUAUGUCCAAAAAUGCGACUGAAUCGAAAAUUAUUAGAAUUUCCUAACAGGGUGUGUAAAUACGGUUAUAUUAAAAAAGUGAUUAGUGUUAAGUUGAAACUGGUGAGUUUAUUAAUACAGUUCAAGACAACUGCGUACCUAGAGGUCGGCAAAUAAUAACAAAUUGUAUUUUUCUAUAGGAAAAAUCCCAAUUUAAAAUUUUGCUCGACCAUGUACCGACAAUCAGCAAAACGCGGUAAAGAGAAUUAAAGGGAUAAUACAUAUGAAAAAUGUGUGAAAAUUUUCCAAUAUUUCAAUAUUCACCACUCUUCUGUAUGUAGAAAAACUUAAAAAUCACUUUGCACUAUUUUACCUUCAUCAAAUAAAAUGUAUUUACAAAAUAAUAGAAAGUUGUUACCUACGCGCCAAAACUAAAAAAAUGGCGGUAUUCGAGAUACGAAAUAAAAUAAAGUUGCCAGUUACAACUUAAAAACGUAAUUAUACGGAUGACAUUGCAGCUUAAAGGCCUACAUUCCAAGAACAUAAUUUUAAAACAACUAUUUUUACUCCUGAUUUUAAUUAUUAUGAAUAAAUAAAUAAAAAAAUGUUUUAUUAUUUUAAACUUGUAUGAUAGUGGUCGUAGAACUGUUGUAUUGAAUAUGUGUCAUUAGUGUUAUUAUUUUGUUUUAGUAUUGUGUACACUAAUGUUACUUUAAGGCC